UGCUUUUGGCUAUUCCACUCUAAACAUUGUAGAGCUCUCAAGUCUCAUGGCUCUGCAGAAGAAGAUUUCUGCUUCGUCAAUGGAAGAAUUACAGAAAACGUUGACUGAUAAGGGGCUAACAGUGUCGCCUAUGCCGGAAAAGGGUCGCUGCCUUUACACUACUCGUGAUUUCUCUCCAGGGGAAGUAAUUAUAUGGGAAGAGCCAUAUGUUUCAGUUCCAAACAAAUCAUCAGCAAAAUGUGAAUGGUGUUUCACUUCAACUAACCUUAAGAAAUGUUCUGCUUGCCAUGUUGUUUACUACUGUGGCAAUACAUGCCAGAAGUUAGAUUGGAAGUUGCAUAAGGUUGAAUGCCAGGCUUUGUCCAAGGUUGACAAGAAAAGAAUAAAAUCACUUACGCCCAGUGUAAGAUUGAUGGUCAAGCUUUAUCUGCGGAAGAAACUGCAAGAUGAGAAGGUUAUUCCAGCUACAGUAAUGGACAACUUCAAUCUAGUGGAAUCCUUGGUAUCUCAUAUGACUGAUAUUGAUGAGAAGCAACUAGUUUUGUAUGCUCAGAUGGCAAACCUUGUCAAUCUGAUUCUUCAGUGGCCUGAGAUCAGUAUAAAGGAGAUUGCAGAAAAGUUUUCUAAGCUCUCAUGUAAUGCACAUACGAUUUGUGAUGCUGAACUGAAACCCCUGGGGACAGGCCUUUAUCCGGUGGUUUCUAUAAUCAACCACAGUUGUUUGCCGAAUUCGGUUCUAAUAUUUGAAGGACGAACGGCUGUUGUCCGAGCAGUGCAGCAUAUACCCAAAGGUACUGAGGUAUUGAUAAGUUAUAUAGAAAUGGCUGGAAGCACUGCAACUCGUCAAAAGGCUCUUAGAGAACAGUAUUUUUUCUCCUGCACUUGCAUUCGUUGCAUAAAGUUGGGCCAAAGCGAUGAUAUCCAAGAAAGUGCAGUUCUGGAGGGUUAUAGAUGCAAGGAUAAGAGAUGCAGUGGUUUCCUGCUUCGCGACUCUGGUGAUAAAGGAUUCAGAUGCCAAUUGUGUGGACUCUUUAGGGACAAGGAAGAAAUAAAAAUUAUUGUUAAUGAAAUUGGAACAAUGUCAGAAAAAGCUUCGUUUUCACUUUCCAAUGGACAAAAGAAAGAUGCAAGCGUAUUGUAUAAAAUGAUUGAGAAACUUCAGCAGAAGCUGUACCAUCAAUUCUCGGUCAAUCUGAUGCGCACACGGGAGAAUCUUUUAAAGAUAUUGAUGGAGCUGCAAGAUUGGAAAGAGGCACUUAAGUACUGCAGAUUAACUAUCCCAGUUUACAAGAGAGUUUAUCCAGAGUGUCAUCCUUUGCUCGGACUGCAGUAUUACACUUGUGGAAAACUUGAAUGGUGGCUUGGUGAGACUGAGGAAGCGUACAGGUCACUAGCCAAGGCAGCAGAGAUACUGCGAAUUACUCAUGGAACAAACACUAAUUUCAUGAAGGAGCUUUUUGUGAAGUUAGAAGAAGCUCGUGCGGAGUUCUCUUACAGGAUUUCAUCCAAGGAAGAAGAGGAUGAUUGAACUGCAUCCACAGAUGCACAUAAUUUUUGUAGACGAUAUAUACAAAAUUCCGUUAUACCAGUUUGACAAAGGGUGGCCCCUCUUUCCUAAUUAUUACAGUGAAAUGUUUCUUGUGAGAUACUAAUCUCCCUUUCCUGCUGUCUGCUUUUGAUGGAAGUUGAAUUACUACUGUGAGAGAAAAUAUGCUAUCUUGGCAGGUUCUUCUAUCUUAUAUAAGACACUUGGGUAUUGAUUUUUGGAAAGGGGUGCAAAGGCAUGUUUCAUAGGAAGGUGUAAAUAGCUAAAACUAUGUAUUGUUGAUUACAUUCCGAGUUCUAUUUGGGGCCUGCAUAACAGUGCAGGAAUUCUCUAAUAUUUUAUCUUUCGAGUA